AUGAAACCCGGCGGCUGGGUCGAGCUGCAGGACGUCGACGGACAGGUCCACUGCGACGACGGGACCAUGCCGCCCGACUGGCCCCUCGUCCGCUUCACCGACCACCUCGUCGAGGCGUUCGCCAAGUUCGGCACAAACUCCCACGCCGCCGUGUUCGGGCGGCAGUACCUCGAGCAGGCCGGCUUCGUCAACAUCCAGCACCACACGGUCAAGCUGCCCUACGGGACGUGGCCCAGGGAUAAAACGAUGCGGCUGGUCGGCAUGUACUACCGCACGGCGUGCGAGGACUUCUUCCCCGCCGUCGGCGCGAUCCACUUUGAGAUGCUGGGGUGGAGCAAGAUCGAGAUGGAGGUUCUCUUCGCGCAGUGCCGCAACGCGAUGAGGGACCCCAACGUCCACGCGUACGGCAAGAUGCACUUCUGGAGCGGACAGAAACCUGUCUGA